UCGGUUUUUCGCGGACCAUCUUCGGACGUCGUCGUCUCUCUCGUAUAUAAUAUAAAAAUAGUACAUUAUACAUAGAGAGAGAGAUCGGUGGGUGUCGCGCCACGAUGUGGCGAUCAAAUAAUGUGAGCUUGUUGUGCUGCUGCCUCGUCGUCCUCGUCUCGAUCCAGCAUCACGAGGUCAACGCCGAGGCCGGCCCGUCUUACCUGUCGUCCGAUGUCUCGCCCUACGUCCAGCAAUUUCAGACUCGCUCGCCGAGCGACCCGAGGCCGAGGCUGUCCGUCUCGCAGCAGACCCAGAUACUGAGCGACGUGCAGCAGCAUCGCGAGCACUACGUCGAGCCGCCGGAAUCCUACGCGACGACUCAGAUACCCGGUCUGCAGGUGGCGGAGAACAGCACGCCCUACUCGGCCCUGGCCCGCUACAAGGUCGACCGCAAGAAGCAGACCCAGCAGAUACAGCAGCAGCUGCAGAGCCUGCAGAAUCGUAUCCAACAGCAGCAGCAGCAGCUCAACACCCAGCUGAAUCAGCACUUCCCGGAUUACACGAAUAAUUUCAAUCAGCAUCAGCAACAGCAGCAGCUACAGCAACAGCAACAGCCGAGCGAGCUGAAGAACGCCUUCUUCAGGCAGAGCACGUAUCAGACUCUGCCGCCGAUACCGCUGCCCAAUCUGCCCGGCGACUUCUCCACGCCCUUCUUCAACGAGCAGCAGAACCAGCAGCUGCAGGAGUACUACGAGAAGCAGCGCCAGCUCGAGAUACUCCAGCGUCAGAGGGAGCAGCUGCUGCUGGAACAGCAGGAGCUGAGGCGACAGCAGGAGUUGCUGAGGCUGCAGCAGCUUCAGCUGAGGACUACCCUCUUGCCGACCACCACGAGUACGACUACUAGUUCGCCCCUGCCCUCUUCGGUGACCUCGUCGUCGAUUCUCCUGCCCUCGCCCACGUCGGCGAGGAAGAUCACCGCCUCGGAGAACGACAUAUUCUUGAGGGCCAUCGCGACGCACCAGAAGAAGUUCACGACCACGACCACGACCACGACGACGAGCCCCAACGCCAAGUCGAGCAAGUCCGGCGUACGCCAGGAGCGCAUCCAGGACGACCAGGCCAACAACAUACCCAAGGAUCUGCUGGCCCUGAUACAGCAGCAGCAGAACGCCGCCGUCGCGGCGGGCAAGCCCAAGCCCCAGAUCAAGUUCAUCUACCAGACGGAGAAGCCCCAGACCUCGAGCAGCAGCAGCAAAGGCAAAUCAUCAUCCAGUAGUGGUGGAGGCGAGAAGGACAGCCUGCUCAAGCAGCUGAAGCUCGCCCUGUCGCAGUCGACGGGCAUCGAGGACACUCAGCAGCGCAACGUCACCACCCGCGACAUCGUUCUGCCCAACGGCAAGAAGCUCCAGGUGAUCCAGGCCGGGCCCAACGGCAUUCUAGGUAACCAAGAAGCGACGACCAUCAAGCCACCCAAGGCGCUGUUCGACGAGCUGACCAAGGGCGGCAUCGUACCGGCUGGCGCCGAUUUCGAGGUGUUGCGACAGAACACGGACGGCAAGCUCGACGUCCUCGGCAACAAGGACAGAUUCCAGAGUCAGCCGGCCAAGAAGGUGACCUUCGUGGUGCUGGAGGAGCAGCCGGACGGCAGCUACAAGGUGCAGGGCGUCAAGGGUAACGCCGACAAAGAUUCCAACGUGGACGUGGACUCGAUCGUCGAGCGCAUCAAGAAGGGCGAGCUCAAACUGCCGCCCCCGAGUACCAGUAGCACGAGUAGCAGCAGCAGUACGAGAUAUCCCUCGUCGACCACGUCGACGACCAAGACGUCGAGCAAGUACCUGAAGAGCAGUAACAAUCAGCCGACGACGUUCCGUCCGACGAUCCCGACGACGGCGAGGACGACGACCACCGCAACGGUGACGCGUAGUCCCUACGUGUCGGUGUCGCCCAACUCCGUGUCGACCAACGACAAGUACGUGACCUCGGCCUCGUCCAUAUCCGGCCACGUGUUCAACUCCAUCGGCACCACGGCCAAGCCCGCCCUCACCGUCAAGUAUCAUCAUCCCAGCAGCAGCUCUCAGACCACGGCCCAGUACUCGUCGAGCUUCGACGCGAGCAGCAACGAGAUCGGCCCCUCCACGACCCCCAGCUACGGAUCGGCGUCGACGGCCGGAGGAAGUACCUACAGCGUCGAUUUCAAUGGAGCGAGCACGGGACCGAGACCGACGCCGCAGGUGCCGUCGACGCGCAUCACCCCGCUCUAUCCGAGCACGAGCGCGGGCACCACCACGCCCCAGGCGAGCUACGCCAACUCCAAGGAGAGCCUGAGCACGCUGCUGAGGCGCGAGGGACUCUUCGCCAUGGCCAAGUACCUGAGGCAGUCGGGCCUGGAUAGCGUGCUCAACGAGACCGGCCCGUACACGAUAUUCGUGCCGACGGACAAGGCGUUCCGCACGCUGCUGGUGCAGCUCGGCGGGCCCGAGAAGGCCGAGCAGAAGUUCCGCGACAAUCCCAGACUGCUGAGCGGGUUGCUGCUGCAUCACGUGGUGCCGGGCGCGUUCCGCAUCGAGAGCCUGCAGGACGAGAUGACGGGCGUGAGCCUGGCCGGCACCCAGCUGCGCGUCAACGUCUACUCCAUGCACGACCACGAGUGGAACGACAUCAGGGUGACGACGAUCAACGGAGCCCGCGUGGCGCCCAACAAGCGCGACGUCGAGAUACCCCAGGGUCUGGCCCACGCCAUCGACCGGGUCAUGUUCCCGCUGCCCGUGGGCGAUCUCGUCCAGACCCUGCAGGCUGAUCGCGAGCGACGCUUCCAGGACUUCCUCAAGCUGCUGCGCGCCUCGGGCAUGGAGGAGACCCUGCAGAGCUCCAAGACCUUCACCGUGUUCGCGCCGACGGAUCAGGCGUUCGAGCAGGCGCGCGCCAAGAACGGGGGGGCGCCCGUCUGGCAGGAGCAGGACGGCCCCGAGGCGGCCAAGGAGAUCGUCCUGAGGCACGUGAUACCCACCACUCUGUACACGGCCGGCAUGAGGUACUACCAUCAGAAGGAGACGCUGAGGCAUCAGGUGCCGCUCCAGAUACAGAAGACGGGAGGUCGCAUUAGAGUUAACGAAGGACACAUAAUCACGUACAACGUGCCGGCGACGAAUGGGGUACUGCACGCCAUCGACACCGUUAUGUGAGUGUGGGCAGCAGCAACUACGACAGCAGCACUACCAACCACCAUCAACAUCGAAGAGACAAAAAAUCGUGUAGAAAAAAGAGAAAAAAAUUAUAAUUAAGCGAGAGAGAAGAAAAAACAAACAAACAAACGAUCACACACAACGAAAAAGCCUUUGUCGUGGCUAUGUGUUUUAUAUACGUAUUGUAGUACGUGUCCGAGAAGUCGGAGGAGGAAAGCAAAAGGAUUAAAUAUAAUAGAGAAAAUUGGGUUGCGGCGAUGAAAUAAAAUAUAUAUAAAUGUACGUCAUAAUGCCAUAUACAGGAUGUUACAAGACGCGCGCACGCACGCAACGCGCAACGAGCAGCAGUAUACGCGCGCGUGUAGACGCAAUUGAGAAAAGAGAGAAAAAAGAAAGAAAGAGAGAGAGAAAAGAAAAUCCGGCAUAGCGUUUUCUCGAUUGAUUUACCUCAUUAGUAUUACAAACCUCUAACCGUAAUCGUUUUUAAAUAAAAUUACGAUAAUAUAAUUUUCAUUGUACGGAGGCACGCGCGCGCGUGCAAUUUUACUUUUUUUUUUUUUAAUUCGCGAAAGAGAUACACAGACAGAGAAACACGCGCGCGCGUGUGUGCUAUUUUUAUUCGUAUGUAACACACUUACUUGAAAAAUAAUAAUGAAAAAAAUAAAUAAACAUGAACAAACAUUCACACGCAUCUUAC